CCUGGACAAUUCUUAUCCAAAUCUUCCAAAUCAGUAUAACUAAAUCCACAGUACAGACAGUAGAGGUACUUCCUUCGAAGGUAGAGUAAAACCGUACUUAAUUUUUCCAGCUCCUAAAAAUCAGCGUUAGCGAAAGAUAAUCAAAUAUCAUAGAGAGGUAGAAAAGAAAGUCAUUUUCCGUUACUGAAACAGGCAUAAGAAAGCACUAUCCUAGACGGAGACAUGACAGGGUAGGACAAUCUCCAUGGUAUACUAUUCAUAGAUUAAGGAUGCCACAUUGACUUACCGAUAGUGAGUCAAAGUAAUGAAGCUCUUCAUCCGUUGCGUUUAAAUCUUCUUCGAAAUGCCCUUUUGAGACAUCCAAUUCUGAUGCAGUUUCCAGUUGGGAGAGUGGGAUACGGCUAGAAAGGCGUUUUCGUUUAACUCUUUCCUCUUGAUCUUUUUCUUUCGCAAGCAAUAAAGAACGAUAGUAUGGAUGUGCCUUUUCAGGGGUCAUUUCCAAACCAAUCUGUUCAAACUCAUUGGCCUCUAGUUUUUCAAGAACGUGUUGAGCAGAAGAAAGCUGAAUGGCCACUUUCUUUUCUAAAUACUCUUUUGAUUUUUCCGUGGAGAAAUCUUCAAUUGAUUUUUCCUGUUCUUCAACCUCUAGUCGCUCUUCUUUUAUAAUAUCCUCCAACCGACGCUUCUUGUCAUUACCAAAACCAAUCCCAGUCUUGUCUUGUUUUUUCUCAACAUACAAGGGCUCAAUUUCUUCUUUUUGUUCUGCACCCAGCGAUGAGCCAGACCUAAUCAUUGAUAUUAGCUACAUUACUGCAAGUCAACAAAAAGGAAAACGCAUGUAUCAGAAUAAAACGAAAUAGAAACAGACAAGAAAUUACAAUUCGUAUUUCAGCUGUCAUUCCUCCAAAGACAACCCCAAUGCUUCCUUCUGAGAACUUACUUGUAACCCAUCUUUUUCAUCAUUUCUAAUGCCUUUUUUGAACCCACGGAUUUUUCAGGCACGACUUCAGAUAUUCCUUUUUUAAAACUUUCAUAUUCUAAGGAUCUCUGGCUUUUCUGAAUUCCUCGUUCUUUUGAUUCUAAAUUUCGCUUUUCUUCACUACUCAGCAAGGUUGAUGGGGUAAAAUCAAAUUUCAUAGACAUGUAGUCUUCUACAUCGGAUUCAGAGGAAGUCAUUUUCAAACACAAAAAUAUUAAAACAUAUGUGCCUCUUCGUUUUCGUCAGGCUGUUUCGUAAUGAGAUACUUGGAGGUAUUCAAAUACUUUUUUCCAUCACAAAACAUCUCUCAAUUUCACCUUUCCAAAACAGUCCUUUUCCAUGUAAUAACUUAUGUAAUAGCUUGCAAGGCCUUUUCUAAAGACUUUGGCUAAGAAAUGUUGUAUCUAUUAUCCGAAUUCUCAAAUGAACAAGCAGUUUACAUAUGAACCCAAUCCAACUUUCAUCCUGAGAGUUCCUUCCAACCCGUCUAAUAAAAGAAAUAUUCUAUAUGAUCCUUGGUCUACGCUUUGCAUUCCCCUUCCUUCACGAGAUUGUAUUUCUUGUCUGUGAUAUUGUUUACUAACGUUGCGAAUGUUUCUGCUUUAAUCGUAUUAAGGGAAUGUGCUCGAAUUCAGUAUCUUCGUAGAGAGAACCUGACAUGAGACGCCUCAGCGUAUACAAACUUGCCAUCUACCAUCAUCUUUAAAUUAUCUCAAGGAUCGUUUAUUUUCCAUCAAUUGUUGUUUCUAGUGAGUGACUUUCAAGAUGGCAAGUAAUCCAGCUCCUAAGAAUGUCGUUACGGUGAACCAAAAGCUUGUGCUUCUUGGCGAUUCUGCUGUUGGAAAAAGUAGUCUUGUUCUUCGCUUCGUAAAAGAUCAAUUUGAUGAUUACAGAGAAAGUACAAUUGGAGCCGCCUUCUUGACUCAAACUGUUCCCAUUGACGAUAGCACAUCUGUAAAGCUCGAAAUUUGGGAUACUGCCGGUCAAGAACGCUAUAAAUCCCUAGCUCCUAUGUAUUAUCGCAAUGCCAAUUGUGCAAUUGUGGUUUAUGAUAUUACUCAAGCUUCUUCUUUGGAAAAGGCAAAAUCAUGGAUUAAAGAAUUGCAGCGCCAAGCUCCAGAAGGAAUUAUUAUUGCACUUGCUGGAAACAAGUUAGAUCUUGCUCAAGAGCGUAGAGCUGUUGAGAAAUCCGACGCUGAAGCCUAUGCUGCUGAAGCCAAUCUUUUAUUCUUUGAGACUUCAGCCAAAACUGCUGAAAACGUAAACGAACUUUUUACUACUAUUUCGAAAAAGUUACCCCUUGAAGACAAGCUUAACCAGGCUAGAGGAAAUGCUCCUCGUGGUGUUAAUCUUUCAGAGUCUUGGCCGAAUCCACCAUCUAGCAGCACUUGCGCAUGCUAAGCUAAACGAAACGACUAUAUAUGCGUUUUUAUGUCAAAAACUUAAUUGUUCCUUACCUUAUAUUUCUAUGUUUGAUAUGAAUUUGCUUCUAUGAUCACUCGCUUCCACCCGCUUUCUCUUCGAUGAAGUUAUUUGCUAUUAGUUAUUUUAUUUGUGAUUGUGGUAGCAAAAUAUGGAUUUCUUUUGUCAAUGCAAUAUUAAUGUACAUAGCAAUGAAUAUUACAUGUCCGACGGAAACCAAUUUGUACCGGCACCUGCUUUAAACAUGCCCUAUUGUAUUUGAUAGUGCUUUGUCG